GUGCCGAGUGCCCGCCCUUGUAGGCUGAUCACUGUGGAUGCUCAUACGGUCCUCAGCGUGAAGCGAGUUCCCAAAGAAAACUGUUGGCAUACCAUUCCGGCACUGAGAAGGCAUGACCAAACUGGGAGUACGGUUCUAGGGACACGGGAAUUUAUAGACUGCGGUGUUUGUUUUGAAUUAUCCCGAGAAGUUUAUCAGUCGGUUCAGUAGGCUAUACAACAAUCAAAAAAUAUUAUUGCUUGAUACCGUUAUAGCUACAGGAGCGCAACGUAGGCAAGACAAACAUCUCGAGUCUAAGGCGCGUUUGAGCUAAUGUAAACAGGAGAAGAGUGGCAACAGACCGAGCUGCACUGACUUGAACCAGGAGGCACAUCAUGGGGCUUGGAGAGGCUUCUGCACGGGGGACCACCAUGGAGGGGGACUGCCUCAGCUGCAUCAAAUACCUCAUGUUUGUCUUCAACUUCCUCAUCUUUCUGGGUGGCUCGUUCCUCCUGGGCGUGGGCGUGUGGGUGCUGGUGGACCCCACGGGCUUCAGGGAGAUAGUGGCGGCCAACCCGCUCCUGUUCACGGGGGUCUACAUCAUCCUGGCCAUGGGGGGCAUGCUCUUCCUGCUGGGCUUCCUGGGCUGCUGCGGAGCCAUCCGGGAGAACAAGUGUCUGCUGCUCUUCUUCUUCCUGCUUAUUCUCAUCAUCUUCCUGGCGGAGCUGGCGGCUGCUAUCUUGGCCUUCGUGUUCCGGGAGAAUCUCACACGGGAGUACUUCACCAGGGAGCUGAAGAAACACUACCAAGGCUACAACAACACCGACGUUUUCACCUCAACAUGGAACGCCAUCAUGAACACGUUUGAGUGCUGUGGGGUGAACAGUCCCGAGGACUUUGAGGACAGCCUCUUCCGGGUCCUCCAUCCGAACGACAUGGUGCCCAAAGCGUGCUGCCGGAGGAUCACUCACCCUGGAGAGGAGCAGGAGUGCCUCAUGGGCAGCAUGAUGUUCCGCUAUAACAAGGGUUGCUACUCUGCAGUUGUGGACUACUUUGAGAUGUACAUCUAUGUAGCUGGAGCUCUGACUAUUGUGGUUCUGACCAUUGAGCUCUUCGCCAUGGUGUUUGCAAUGUGUCUCUUCAGGGGGAUUCAGUAAAGACGGAGAUUCAAGGAAGGACAAUUUUUCAAAAGGGAUAUCACCAGAAGCAAGUCCAUAAAAACAAAACAAAAAAAAACAUUUGUAUAAAGUUUUUUUUUUUUCUCUUUUUCCAUUUUAUACCUGACAAAUUGAGAGAAAUGUCAUUGGCUGAACUACCUGUACUUCACAGCUGGACCUUUGAGGUACUUGGUGAUCAAAUAACACUGAGAUGCAAACACAUGACAGAAACACAAACAAAACAGCGUGCAUCAGAGAGCAUAUCUGGACCCAUGAUUCAGAGGCUCUAGUAAUUGGAGUGGGGUGGGCAAAGGAUCUGGAGAAGCUUAUCCAGAAGAGGAGGAGGACACUGCACUGACUUUGAAUGAAGAAUAUUUAUACUGAUUAAUGUUGGCUAGUCUGUACAGAAAUUUGAUUCUUUUUUUAAUGUUUCACUGUAUGCUUAAGCUACACCCAUCUUCUAAAAACACAGCCCGACCACUUCUUUCUCCUGAGACACCAGUCAAGAGCUGUGUCAAAGCCACACAUUCUAAAUGCUGUGUACACUGUUGUAAAUUUUGCCCUAGAAAACCACUUUCUAUGUCUUUUUCGCCAAAUGCUGAAAUGUGCGUGUUAAUUGAGUGAGUGUGUGUGUGUGUGUGUGUGUGUGUGUGUGACAGGGAUAGAGAGAGAGAGAAACUGACUGUGUGGCCUUUUCCAUAAAACCCUCAAGCUUGAAAGCCAACUUAAGUUGCAUUUUGUAUUGUAUUGUGAUGUUACUUGCAAUAGUGAUUGUAUGUGAUUUUAGCUGAGAUGUUUGCAUAUGCCUUUGUAUUAGAAUCUUUAAAAAUAAGGAUGCCAUUAAAUGACUCUUCAAUGUG